UUCAACCAGCAGAGGAAAGGAAAAUGAUUACGGAAAUAUUCGCGAAAUUGUGAAUUACAGAAUUACACAAAAUUAAUCAGUUUCACUGAUUUGGAUUUUCUAUCUAACGGAUUUCUGUUCAAAAAUAAAUAAAAUAUAACUGUUAAUACUGUUAUUACAGUUAGUAAAAUUAUAAACUACUCUCUCGCAUCUAUAAAUCAAAAAUCACGCUAGAAAUUGUGUUUUAUUUUGUACAAGGUGUGUCUUCUUAAAAUGAAACUAACGUGGCAAUGCAUGUUCUCGCCGAGACUCUACAAGAUUUACAAGGAAGGUGCUAGAGAUACUCUCUACCAACCAGAAGGAAUGGAGAAAUGGGGAGACAAAAUCAUCUCAACAGCUAGCACCAUCCUCAGCAUCAGUCUAUACACGUCGCCAUUCAUCUGCUUCUACGUCUACAAGCGCGGUUUCUUUUCCUUCGACGAGACCCGCGUACUUGUUCGGUACAUCGGAGGCCUAAGUUGCCUCAUCGCCCUAUCAUACAUCCUGCGGGGCUUCGGACGGGCUAGUAACCCUAAAUAUGUUGAGUUCAUGAGAGCGCUGAACACCCCUCUGACCGAUCACAAGGCGUACCUGCAAGGGAUUAGGAAGUACGAUUUUGAAUUCCAAUACUGGCCCGCUACUUACUUGUUAUCGAAGCAGAAAAACAGUUCGACGUGGCUCGCCCGGCACCCUUUCGCCUCCUGCGCCAACCCCGAGCUGCCGGCGUACCAGCGGACGACCAUACAGGUGCUGGCCUACGUGGCCACGCACACCUUCGCGCUCCGACUGAUAUAUCCCGGCUCGCUGGGGCUCAUACAGAAUCUGCUGCGCACAGCAUUAUUCCAAGGCCGCACUCAGCUGGUGGAAGCUUUCAACGGCCAGCGCGCCAAGCUGCGCUCUGCCGACGGUAACGACCUAGACACCAUGUUCGUGGACAAACGCGAGGAGUCCCCUAAAGGGAAGACCCUGGUGGUGUGCUGCGAGGGAAACUCCGGCUUCUACGAGAUCGGGAUUAUGACGACCCCGGUCAAGGCUGGCUUUUCAGCGCUUGGGUGGAACCAUCCAGGAUUUGGAGGCAGUACAGGCCUCCCGUACCCGCCGCAAGAACAGAACGCCAUGGACGCCGUAAUGCGAUACGCCAUCAACGAGCUAGGCUUCGAGCCGCACCAGAUCGUCCUGUACGGCUGGUCUAUAGGCGGCUAUGCGGCUACGUGGGCCGCUGUUAACUACCCCGAGGUCAAAGCCCUGGUCCUGGACGCAACGUUCGACGAUCUACUCCCGCUGGCCGAGAACCAGAUGCCUUCGUCCUGGUCUCUCCUCGUGAAGGAGGUGGUCCGCUCGCAUGUAGACCUCAACAUUGGGGAGCUGUUGGCUCAGUACCGUGGGCCGGUGCAGCUGGUGCGCCGGACUGAGGACGAGAUCAUUUGCUUGCGGGCCGGCCAGCUGUCGUCCAACCGCGGCAACCACCUCCUGGUGAAGUUGAUCGAGUCGCGCCACGAGAUGGCGCCCGAGGCGCUGGAGGCGGUGCGCAAGUACGCGGCGCUGCAGGAGAGCCAGCGGGCCGCGCUGCAGAGGCAGGAUGUCGACGAGAAUGUCAAGGCGCCUCUGAGGCUGAUCUCAAAAUACAUGCGCGACUACCGCUCGAGCCACUGCACGCCGCUGCCCGAGGAGCACUUCGAGGCCAUUAUGGAGAGUCUCGCGGCCCGUCAGUAGCGGUGCGUUGUUGUUGUCAUCCGUGGCGGCCUGCUCGUUCACAAGUGACGCUGUUAAACUGUACCAGGUGACCACACAGACGACGUGUUCUAAAUAUAUGUGCAACUAACUUUGAGGCCAUCGUGGAGAGUCGCCGCCCGUCAGCAGCGUUGCGUUGUCGUGGUAAUUUAUGACGGCACGCUUGUUCACAAGUGACGCUGUUAAUAUGUACAGAAUUGGCGCCCUUCAUAAUUGUCUACCCGAGGAAACACUUGGAGGCCAUCAUUAAUGGAUUCUCGGCCCGUGCGUUGUUGUUGUCAUCCGUGGCGGCCUGCUAGUUCACAAGUGACGCUGUUAAUAUGUACAGAAUUGGCGCCCUUCAUAAUUGUCUACCCGAGGAAACACUUGGAGGCCAUCAUUAAUGGAUUCUCGGCCCGUGCGUUGUUGUUGUCAUCCGUGGCGGCCUGCUAGUACACAAAGUGACGCUGUUAAUAUGUACAGAAUAGGCGCCCUUCAUAACGCUCGUCGUCUACUACUAUAACUACUGAGAAAACUCAAAAUAUCCCUGAUCAGAUACCACUAGGGAAUACUAAUAUUAGGAUUUGGAGAGUCCCUUUUUCAGGGCUAAGAGAUUUCUUAUGUCUAACUCUAAACACAAACUACGUGGUCAAAUAUGCAGGGUAAUUUGAUGAAAAUGAAUAAAUAUAACUAAACAUAAAGCAUGUUGAAUUUUUGACGGUCUAGAAUUCCGUUAUUGAUAUUUAUGGAACUUAUGUUAUACUAUUACCCUGCAUACGGUUUACAUUAUGUGCUGUACUGUUGUGAUUUUGGAUGAUUGUGUCAAUAAUUUUUAAUUAAUUUAUUUAUUUAUAACCUUUAACGUUAUAGCACUAUUGGUUAUAGUUAGAGUAACAAAGCAAUUACUUCGAUAUUUUAAAAAAGCAAGGACAGUAUGCAUUUAUUUCUUUGUAUGAUUUAAAAAAAAAAAUUAAACUAUGUGAUUUCAGAUUUACAGCAAUUAAUAAAAUAAUUAUGUUAAAAUUUGAGAGACUUGAAAUAUUAAAAAUGAAAGUGUGUGUAAUACAUAGCAAAAGAAGGGGAAAUUUACGGGCACAUCCUUACUUCUAAGAUAACAAAAGUGUGUUAAAACUUACAAUACAUUUGGGAAGUUAUUCCCUUAUUCAUAAACCUUUAUCUGUCAUUUCACCUUAUGUUUUUGUAAGAAAGGGAUAAAACAUAAUUUAACUAAAUCAGGCUGGUAAAGUUUUAUGAAUAAGGGGGUAAGUUUGUCGCUAUCUGUUUCAUGCUGACUGUACCGGGUAAUAAAACUUUACAAGUACUUAAAUAUGCCUUUUCUUUUGCGAUGUAGCUAUUUAUUAACUUCAUUAAAUUGAAGGGAUGUUUACAAAAACAACAUAACUGCUUAGAGCGGUUGACACUUUUUUAAGAACAUUGUCAAUCGUUUGAGGUGUCAACCAGUGUAGUCAGUUAUGUUGUUUUUGUAAACAUCCCUUCAAUUUCUUAAGUAAUGCGACUGAUGUAAGAUUUGAUGUUUUUAAACAUUUAUAUUGCUUUUAUUUAUCAUUCCGAUCUAUAUGUAUAUGGUAUUACUGUUCUCUUCCUAAUGCCGUUUAGAAGAGAUUGUUUGCUGUAAAUUUUCUUGGUAAAACAAUAGCUCUAAUACUUUUAUUUUGUUUUGGUGAUACCCACUAAAAAUACCAUAUCCAUUUUAGAUACUCUGAUACUUCAAGUAUGAACUCGCGCGCGAGAACGCAACUAAUGCUAGACCGCCUGGUGCGAGUGAGAACUGUACGGACCACCCGGCAUAAUACAAUUAGUAUGGGAAAAGUAGCAUAUUUUGCCGCCAAAAUAUGUACAUCCAUGAAACUUUGUUUAUGCCCUUAAUUUUGGCACUAAAAAUGAGGAUCUGCCGUGUCCUAUCAAAAUUUUGGCCUCCUAACACCUUUUCGGGGGGUAUGUGCUGGGGGUUCAUUUUUUUAAAACAGUUCCGAAAAGGGGUUAGGACGCCUAAAUUUUUAUAGGACUUGGCAGAUCCUCAUUUCUAGUGCUAAUACACCGUGUUUUUUUUGAUUUCCGUUAAUUUCAAGGGUGCAUUCCUGAGCUUAAAUCAAGUAAUUUUCUCAAAGACACCGAUAUUCUAAUUAACUCCAUUUCGGAGAUAAUCAAUAAUUUAUUUUUUCCCUAUAGUGCCUCUACAAGCGUGUACACUUGCCUUAGGGCCGGUUUACAUAUUGAUUAGUGUUUAGAAUGAGUUCAUACAUUUGCUACUAAACUUAAGUACAAUCUCAGUCGAUCAAUAUUCGAAAUGACAUUGAUAUGUCAUAGAUUUCAAUUGUUUGGUUGAGUUAAAUGUAAUGCCUGUGUUACAACAACGCUAUAUGCUACAUUUAAUUACUUUUUAAACUUAAUUUUUUUGACAAUAAAUAUGAAAAAAAAAAUUUUUUUUUGAAAAUUAACUAUGCCAUUUAGUUAUCUAAAACGUACUUAACCAUACCCCGAAGUUAACGGAAUUCAAUAAAAACACGGUGUAUAAAGAUCAUAAACUAAUUUUAAUUGAUGUACAUAUUUUGCCGCCAAAUGGCCAUAUUUAAGCUUAUUUUACCCAUAAUAACUUAAAUCAAUUUAUGAACUUGUUACCAAUACAUAGUAUCCUAUACAAUAUGCACUCAUUGUUAUUGAUGUAGUUGCAGAAUAAUAUUCAAAUUGUUAAUAAUAACUAUGAUUUUAUGAUCCGAACAGCUAAGGCAUGUUUAAAGGUAUUGGAAAUUUAUUUAUUCGUGGUUUACUAAGAUUAAAGUAAAGAUAAUAUAAAUGAAAGUCAUUAAUAUGGUUUUUCUUUCCUAAUGGUUUUGAUAUUGGAUGAGAUUUUGCGAUGGUCAAAAAAAUUUAUACAGUAGUUUAUAAAUAUGUACCCAUUUCUUCUCCUUAUUUCAAUGGAUGGUGAAGAUAUGUAGACAUAUUUAUGAACUCGACUGUUACAUGUAUAUUUUAUGUGAAUAAUAAUUUUAACCCUUUUGAAGUCGGUAUGGUAUAAUUUAUUAUCUUUGUAUGUGUGGAAGAAUUAACAGGUUACAGUGGCUUGAACUGACAGGAUCUGCACUUGUUCACUGACCCUAAAUCAGGCAGAUACCAUCAGGUUUAUGUCAUUACUAGCGACCCGCCCCGGCUUCGGUUCAUAAGCACAGACAGACGAGCCGGGGGUCUUUGUUUUAUAAUGUGUAGGUAGUGUCAAUGUAAAACCGGGAAGAGGGAAAUUAUAAAAGUAUACACAUCAGAAUGCACGUUUAUUUAUUUUCAGAAAAGAAUCACAAUUUUUUAAAAGCGGGUCACGAGUCACACUUCCGUUUCUUUGGCUGUCACCGUUAAAUAGAUAAAACAA